AUGACACUCACCCUUCCCAGAGGUAAAGCUGUGGCACUUAUACAAAAAAAUAUGGAAUUUGCAGAUCAAGGAGCAAAUGCAGAAGUAGAGGAACCGUUGCCAAAAAGACAAAAAUUUAAAUAUACAACUUCCAAUGUAAGUUCUGAUAUAGCUCCUAUGGAAGAUUUUUUUGAUACUAUGACUGAAGAAGAAAUAUUCAGAUAUAAAACAAAACGUGUCUUAACUCAAUUUUUUAGCCACCCAAUGUUUAAUGGAUGGAACAAUUUGGAACUAGGGCAGACAGAUUA